GCUAAUAAUAAACCCUAACUCUUUCCCUUUCUCUCUCUUUCGUCGUCACUAAGCUCUGUGGGUUUUAGUGAAGAAUAUCGCACAAGACUCACUGAGUCUCUGUCUCAAACUUGCUCCUCUCCUCCAACCAGCGUUAAACUCACCCUAAACCCUCCCCUUUCAAUUUCCAGCCUUUGCUGCCUCCAUAACCAAAACCUCAAAAAUGAUAUACGGAGGCAAAAGCUACGUCUCCUCACCGCCUACGUUCUCAAACGACGCAAAACGACUCCUAAUAUGCUCCGGCAACACCGUCUCUGUAUUCAGCACCUCCACUGCCUUGCUGAUAACUGAGUUGGAGGGUCAUAAAGCACUUGUUACUUCGGUUCUGGUGGUGCCUAGCUCAAGUAAGGUGUUGAAUUUUUGUUGGACCUCAUCUCUUGACGGAACGAUUCGGUACUGGGAUUUCGUGGUGCCCGAAUUGAUCAAGACUGUUGAUAUUCGGCUGCCCGUUUUUUCUAUGGUGAUCCCUAAUUUUCUGUCUAAACAAGACGAAGAAGGUAGCAAACCAACUGAUGUGUUUGCUUAUAUAUCAGUAGAAGACGUGAAUCAUCCCAGUGACAAGUCUAAACGUUUGAGUGGGAAAAUUAGAAAGUGCAAUUUAACUACGUCUAAGCUGGCUGCUGGAGUGAUUUUAAAAGAGACUGCACGGCCUCAGUUUAUCACCAGUAGUCCCUCGGGGGAAUUUUUUGGUAUCCAAAAUAAACGCACACUUUUUAUUUGGAAAGUUCCAGCCCAUGAUAGUGAGUUUGCUUUAGUGAAGAAGAUGAGCUUGCACCAUACAAAAAACUUCACAACAUUAGCUUUCCAUCCGAAUCAGAGCAUUGUGGCUGCUGGUGAUAUAACUGGGAGGAUUUUAGUUUGGAGGGGUUUCGGUAAAAAAACACUUACAAAAGGCAGUGAGCAAGCUAAUGAAAAACUAGUGCAGUAUGUAGAUGAAAGAGCUGGGGUCAGAGGAGAAGAUGAUGCUGAUUCAUGCUCUACAUGGCAUUGGCACUCAUCUGGAGUGAAAUUUCUUUCCUUUUCUUCUGAUGGAGCCUAUUUGUACUCAGGAGGAAAUGAAGGAGUUCUUGUCCUGUGGCAGCUGGACACUGGGAAGCGGAAGUUUCUUCCCCGAAUUGGAUCUCCCCUUCUAUAUUUUGUGCACUCUCCUGAUCCUACACUCUCUGCGAUAUCUUGUGCAGAUAAUCAGAUCCAGGUUUUGCAGAUGCCGUCAUUGGAAAUCUCAAAGUCCAUUGCAGGAAUUAAGCUUCCUUGUUCAUUUCCAGAUAUGUGGAGUGGUUUAUCUAGUGGAUUUACAUUUGAUCAUUCAGCUGGAUUGGUUGCUCUGCCUACUGAGAAUUAUCGUAUCCAGUUCUACAGCUUGUUUGAUGACGUUGGAAUUUCAGAGGUUCAAAUCUGUGAAAGAAAUCAUCAACCAAGUGACGUUAUGAUGGUGGUAGUGAACUUAGUGGCACUUUCACUUGAUGGUUCUUUGAUGAGUACUGUUGAAACCAGGCUAGACGAAGAUGAAGUUGGAGGCUUUAUUUGCUUGAAAUUUUGGGCUUCUGAGACCCAGAAAAAGGAUUUUGAACUCUCUACCAUAGUUUAUGAACCUCACAGGGAUGCUGCUAUCUCUGCCAUUGCUUUUCAUCCCAGAAGUAAAAUGGUUGUCAGUUCUUCCUAUGGUGGUGAUUUCAAGAUUUGGGUUCAUAGUAAAACUACUGAAAGUAAAGAUGGUGUCCGUGAAAGCUCAGGCUGGGUUUGCCAUUCUGUCGGCUCAUACAAAGGGAAGUCCAUGACUGCUGCCACCUUUUCUGCUGAUGGCUCCAUUUUAGCUGUUGCUGCUGAAACGGUGAUUACAUUGUGGGACCCAGAUAGGAACUAUCUUGUGGCUGUAGUUGGAGAAACUUACAUGCCUAUUGCGAAUCUUACGUUUGUUGGAAAGUCUGAGUACAUUGUGUCCACUUCACAAGGUUCAAGGCCCCAAUUAUCUCUCUGGUGUUUAUCAAAGCUGUCAAGAACAUGGUCCUACGACUUCUGGGUUGAAGCUGUUGCUUGUAUGGAGGAUGAAUCCCUUUUUGCAGUUCUUGCUGUUUUUUCAGAGUCAUCUGUCUCCACCGAAUCACAAGGAACUCCAACUUCUUCUGGAGAUGGCAUAAUCUUAUUAUUUGAUGUGAAUGUUCCGGUUCCAGUUGCUACGUGGUUGGUUAGGAAGGCAAAGGGAGGAGGAUUAGCAUUUCUCCAAGUUAAUCAAUCUUCAUUGAAGGAGAAUAGUUCUUCUGGAAGACCAUCUGCUUUGCUGGCAUAUAUUAACAGGGAUCAUGAAUAUGUUGUAUUUGACCCCCUUACCCAAGAACAACAAGAACUCAAUGUUCAUCGGAAGAAAGGUUCAGCGGAUUUCGAGGAAGCAGGACGAUCUGGGUACGCUUCUAUUUACGGGGAGCUGCCGCAUUUUGAUCCCAAGAAGAUUAUGCAAGCUACUAUUGUGCCGUCAGAGCGUCCUUGGGAGACCAUUUUCAACGGUCCCUCACAUGCUCUUCCGCCACUUACGAAAUUGUGUUCUGCAUUUUUGGAAUCAUUGCUUGAGAAGAGAACAGCUAGCACUGGCUGAUUUCUGAGCAGAAUUUUGAAUUGUAAUAGAAAUUUUGGCACGGAAAUCACCUUUGAUUUUCUUCUUCGUAUACGGUGUCUAUGUAACCACUUAUUUACUCUGCUUAAUGAAAUGAAGAAGCAUAUUUAAGUAUUAAUGAAA